GUUCUUUACUCCGUCUCAAAAUUUCCUUUUUUUGUUGGCUCUCUCCGAACGAGUUGGAGAAAUCGUUAACCCUAAUCGAAGAUCUAGAUUCCUCUACAUACGUUUGAUCUCUCUCUCAGUAUGGAUUACAAAGCGCCAAGGAGAUACUACUCACACGGAGUUGUUGCGAGACAGCAAGAUUUCGCAACAGAUAUAGUUACGAGAAGAAGACCUUAUGUCCCUUACGACCGUCCAAAUAAGUUUUCAAGGAGUCUGGUUUGGACGUCAAAAGAGUACAAAUCACCCGAGGGCAAUAAUAUGCCAAGGACCAAUGAUGUGUCACCGAAACCACCAGUUUUAGGUUUGGCGAGGAAGAAUGCUGCUUGUGGGCCAAUGAGAUCUUCUAGUCUCAGAAAAUGGGUAUGUAAGUAUUGGAAAGAUGGAAAGUGCAAGAGGGGUGAGCAGUGCCAGUUCUUACACUCUUGGUCUUGUUUCCCUGGAUUGGCCAUGGUAGCUUCUCUUGAAGGGCACAAUAAGGAACUAAAGGGGAUCGCUCUCCCUGAGGGUUCAGAUAAACUCUUUUCAGUCAGUAUUGAUGGUACAUUGCGAGUUUGGGACUGCAAUUCUGGUCAGUGUGUACAUUCCAUCAACCUUGACGCAGAAGCAGGGUCUCUAAUCAGUGAAGGCCCUUGGGUUUUCCUUGGCUUGCCAAACGCUAUAAAGGCUUUUAACGUUCAAACCAGUCAAGAUUUGCAUCUUCAAGCAGCAGGGGUGGUUGGUCAGGUGAAUGCAAUGACUAUUGCAAACGGAAUGCUUUUUGCUGGAACAAGUUCUGGUAGUAUCUUAGUCUGGAAAGCUACUACAGACUCUGAGUCUGAUCCAUUCAAAUACUUGACAUCUCUUGAGGGACAUAGUGGUGAAGUCACUUGUUUUGCUGUUGGAGGUCAAAUGCUAUACUCUGGUUCUGUCGAUAAAACAAUCAAGAUGUGGGAUCUCAACACCCUGCAAUGUAUAAUGACCCUGAAGCAACAUACCGGCACUGUCACUUCACUCUUAUGUUGGGAUAAAUGUUUGAUAUCGUCUUCCUUGGAUGGGACCAUAAAAGUUUGGGCUUAUUCUGAAAACGGAAUCUUGAAAGUUGUUCAAACUCGCAGACAAGAACAGAGUAGUGUUCAUGCUCUUUCUGGUAUGCAUGAUGCAGAAGCCAAACCGAUAAUAUUCUGCUCUUACCAAAACGGAACCGUUGGCAUUUUCGACCUACCAUCUUUUCAAGAAAGAGGAAGGAUGUUCUCUACGCACACGAUCGCCACACUCACAAUUGGUCCUCAAGGAUUGUUAUUCAGUGGAGACGAGAGUGGUAACUUGCGUGUAUGGACCUUAGCUGCUGGCAACAAAGUUUAGUCUUUUCGACUAAAGAAUUCUGAUUUAAUUUUGUGGUUUAUAUGUUGAGUUAACUGUUAAGAGAGUUUUAUUUUGUAAUAGGUGUAUCAGUCAAUAAACAAUCUUUG